AUGUGGUGGCCGGAGGUCUAUGAUAAUGGAGGAAAGCAUGUUUGUGUUGUGCUGUUCUUAUCGCAAUACCGGGGCGCGUUGUUCUCUGGCAUAGUUCAGCUUAAUGAAAGACAUCCAAAGCAAGGACAGAUCCAUCUAGGCAAUUUCUAUGGUGCUCCAAAAAUUUUCAGCUUGAUUGCCUGCAAUCUGAAUGGCUUUUGGUUAUUUAUUCCGCAGGUGAUUGUGAACUUAGGUUCCAUGAAUAAAGUCAUAUCUUUUGAUGAGGUUAGCGGUAUACUAGUUUCUGAAGCAGGGUGCAUACUGGAAAGCUUGGUGAAUUUUCUAGACAACAAUGGAUUUAUUAUGCCACUGGACUUAGGUUCAAAGGGAAGCUGCCAAAUUGGAGGAAAUGUUUCAACUAAUGCUGGUGGGCUGCGCCUUAUCCGAUAUGGCUCACUUCAUGCUAAUGUACUCGGUCUUGAAGCAGUUUUAGCUAAUGGAGAUGUGCUCGACAUGCUCGGUACUUUACGCAAAGACAACACUGGGUAUGAUCUGAAGCAUUUGUUUAUAGGCAGUGAGGGGUCCCUGGGAAUUGUUACAAAGGUGUCAAUUCUGACUCCUCCAAAGUUAUCAUCAGUUAAUGUAGCUUUUCUUGCAUGUACAGACUAUUUAAGCUGCCAGAAACUUUUGUUGGAAGCAAGGAGGAAACUGGGAGAAGUUCUCUCUGCUUUUGAGUUUUUGGAUGAACAGGCAAUGGAUCUUGCACUAAACCAUUUAGAAGGAGUCCGAAAUCCAUUACCUCCUGCACUGCACAAGUUUUAUGUUCUGAUAGAGACGACAGGCAGCGAUGAACGUUCAGAGCAGUUGCCAACAACAGUUCAACACACGACGAAUACUUUGCCUUGGUGA